AUGCAAAUGCAGGGCUGCGACUUGUCGGGAGUCGACUUGUCGAGGCUGGACUUGCAUCUUCUCGACUUCAGGGGCGCCAACCUGAGCAUGUGCAACUUGGAACGCGCCGAUCUGUCAAACUCGGACUUCGAGGGGGCGCAGCUGUACGGAGCGAAAAUGAUGUACGCAAACCUCGAAGGUGCUGACUGCCGGUCCUGCAAGAUGGGAGACCCAGACGGCCCAUUAGCGUGGAACGCCGAGCUCCUGACGGACGCCAUCAUGGACGGGAGCGUGCUGUACGGCGUCAACUUUCGCUACGCCAAGCUGUACCAACGCCAGCCUGCAGAACUGCGACCUCCGGCACGCUGUUCUCUGGCAACGCAGACGUGA